CAUGGGGCGGCAUGAGCAGUUCUUUCCCUUCCCUCUAGACGGGUAGAUAGAAAGUGUGUGUGCCCCUGCCCCCACAGAAAAAGAAAGCAGCUGACUUGAUGUGGUAUAGGUUCUCCCCCUCCCUGCCCCUCCGCCGUCCCAAAGGGGUUUGAUUUGAUCUGCAUCUCUGUGUGUGUGGAGGGUGGCGCAGAGGCAGCGUGGUGCGUGGAGGAAAUAAUGCAGCCCUGAGGUGAGGUGAGGUGAGAGGUGGUACCACUGGCUCUUAGGGUGGUGGUGAAAGAUCUUGAUUGGGGCGAGUGAAGCCGGGGUGGUUGUCAUGAUGCGCCGUAGGGUCCAGCGCCGGGGUGGUUGCUGAUGCCGUGAUUGGGUUUGGUUUUCCUUUUCUUUCAAGCUGAUAUUAGAUCCCAUCUAGAGGUGAGAUUUGAGGGGGGAGGCAAACCUUGCGCCGAGAGGGCCUGAGGCAGAGCUUCUUCUCUCCGGUUGAUGGGUGCGGCACCACGGCUCGCCCGGGUCGAGGGGGAGCUCCGUGGUUGUUCUCCGGCGUGCUGCUGAUCGGGGAGGGAGCUGCUCCGGGCUUCCCGGAGGAGGAGGAGCAGGAAUUCUGCUGGCUUGCCUGUUAUUCUGGGGGAGAUACAACAACUUGAUCUUUGGUCCCUCCAGAAAGGUACUACUCUGCAUGCUCUCUGCUGCGCAGUGGUACACGGCAUUCAUUCAUUCGUUUGAUGAUAAGUAGAUACUACCAGCAGUGCAUCAUCUUUGUGUACUUCCUCUCUCCUGCCCUCGGUGCUGCUCAUUGUCAGCAGCUUUGACACACAAGUAGGAGGAGGAGCGGCGCCGGAGAUCUUGGGCUCUGGCAUGGGCUCGUUUGGGAUGGAGUGGAACCAGAGGAGCUCCGUGCUGUGGGACUGGGAGAAUUUCCCGCCGAUAGGCGGCGACAACCCCAAGAAUGCGAUGCAGGCCGAGCCAAGAUUCGCUGCCGUUGCGGCUGCCAUGGGGAAUGAACCGCUCAAUUCUUCUGGCGGCAGCGGCACCUUCUCUUCCAGCUCGGAGAUGGGGUAUGGCUCCUCCAAGAGCUCCAUAUCCGCGUCGAUCGAUUCUUCGUCCAAGGCUGGGAGCAACAUGGAGUUCAGAUUUGCGCCCGUCAAAAACCCUGACAGGAACACGAGCGAAAACACUGAGUUGGGUAAAGUUGACAACACGAGGACUGGAACGUCUCCGUCGUCUGUGGUGGCAGUGAGCAGUGGAGAGCCGGUGAUCGGCCUGAAGCUCGGCAAGAGAACCUACUUUGAGGAUGUCUGUGGAGGGCAGAGUGUCAAGAGCUCGCCAUCGGGUGCUGCGAGUGUGCCGAACAAAUCUCCUGCUUUGAGCAAGAAGGCAAAGGCGGAACAACAGAAGGCACAUAACUCAUACUGUCAGGUUGAAGGCUGCAAGGUUGAUCUCUCUUCUGUUAAAGAGUACCAUCGAAAGCAUAGAGUAUGUGAACUUCACUCUAAGGCUCCCAAAGUUGUUGUCGCUGGUCUGGAGCGGCGCUUUUGCCAACAGUGCAGCCGGUUUCAUGCUUUGUCUGAGUUUGACCAGAAAAAGCGAAGCUGCCGUAGGCGUCUCAAUGAUCAUAAUUCCCGCAGGCGGAAGCCACAGCCAGAAGCAAUUUCCUUCAGUUCGUCAAGGAUGUCUACGAUGUUUUAUGAUGCAAGGCAACAGCCAAAUUUCCUAUUCGGUCAGGCUCCAUAUGUUCAAAUGAGAAGCUGUGGAAGUUCUUCAUGGGAUGAACCAGGAGGCUUCAAAGUUACACACACAAAAGCUCCUUGGUUAAAGCCAACAACUGCUGCAGGUGUUGAUGGGAUGCAUUUAUCUAGUCAGCAGAUGUCGGACAAUGUUAUGCCGCAUGGUGCACAUCAUGGUUUCGAUGGGUUCAUGGCAUUCAAGGGAACUUCUACAAAGUUCCCUAAUCAAGGUGUCCAAGCUUCCGCUGUCGCCCCCAACUCCAGUGGCGCCCCGGAUCUUCAGCAUGCUCUCUCUCUUCUGUCAAGCAACCCAGUGGGUGCUGCCAACCUCCAGCCAACUUCCCAGAUGCACUCUGGGGUGGCUGCCAUUGCCGGCACCCCCAACCCCGCGAUGCACGUGCUGGGAUCAUCGGCAGGGCUCUGGCUAGACGGCGGGCCACCCCUAGAUGAUCACCCGCGGUUCCAGGUCUUCGAGCGCUUGGGGGACCACGACAGCGAGCUCCAGCUCCCAAAGCCUUCCUACGACCACGCCUCGCACUUCGACCGGAUGCACUGAUGACGACGGCGCUCCGAUCCGGUCACCCCGCUCGGUGCGUGAUUUUAUCACGCGAUCGACGCCGUUUGUUCGGUCUGAAACCCGGGAUCCUGCAUUUUCUUUGCUUGGUGCCGUUGCCUGCCUAGAGGCUUAUGGUUUGGCAAUGCCUAGAAUAAAGGCGCACACGAACAGACUUAGGAUCAAAUUGACCCGGUUGUGUUGCCAUGGAAGAAGAUCUUGAUCCAUCAUUUAGCCACUUGUCUGAAUAAUUCUGAACUUGCUAUGUUUCUGAAUUGCUUCUGCAACUGUAAGUGAUCACAGUUUUAAAUUCU